GCCUUUUCCCCAGACACAAGUGAGAAGAACUGAAGACUUUACCUGGACUCCAAAGAAGAAGACCUCAAGAGAAGACACCUAUCAAAAUCACCUCCUCCCGGCUUGUAUAAUAUCUGGGCUCUGAUUCAACGUUUUGCCGCCUUGGAACUUGAUUUUUUUUCUGCGCUGAAAAGUGUGCAGUCGCCCAUUUGCUCAUUUUUCUGACAUCAUCAGCCUCUUACUUAAUCUGCUGCAAUGUUUCCAGAGGUAAACAAAGGCUACAGCUACGAGGACUGCAAGGCCACUGCCGAUUGGCUGCUGGCCCAGACAGACGUACGACCCACAGUGGGCAUCGUGUGCGGCUCCGGGCUCGGAGGCCUGGCUGACAUGUUAAAGGACCAGGUAGCCUUCAACUACAAGGACAUCCCCAACUUCCCGCAGAGCACCGUGCACGGACACGCCGGUCGCCUGGUCUUCGGCACCCUGAAGGGAAGGCCGUGUGUUUGCAUGCAGGGGCGUUUCCACCUGUAUGAGGGCUACCCAAUCCAGAAGAUCACGCUGCCCAUUCGCAUCUUCAAGCUGCUCGGCGUGGAGACGGUGAUGCUGACCAACGCAGCCGGAGGCCUCAAUCAGGACUUCAAGGUGGGAGACGUCAUGAUCAUCAAAGACCACCUCAACAUGCCAGGCUUCGCUGGCAACAAUCCGCUGGCUGGACCCAACGAUGAGAGGUUCGGUGUGCGUUUCCCAUGUAUGUCCGAUGCCUAUGACAGAGAGCUGCAGCAGCUGGCCAUGGACGUGGGGCAGGAGCUCGGCUACGGGGACUUCCUGAAGGAGGGUGUCUACUGCGUGCUGGGCGGACCCUCGUUCGAGACCAUCGCUGAGUCCCGUAUGCUGCACAAACUGGGUGCUGAUGCCGUUGGCAUGAGCACGGCGCACGAGGUGAUCAUCGCGCGUCACUGCGGCAUGCGGGUCUUCGCCCUCUCGCUGAUCACCAAUCAGGCGGUGAUGGACUACGACAGCGAGGAGAAGGCCAACCACGAGGAGGUCCUCCAGACGGGCAAGCAGCGUGCAGAGCAGCUGGAGCGGCUGGUGUCCACCAUGGUGACCAGGAUCGAGCACAACAACAACUACGCCUAAGAGACGCCGCGCUGCGUCACGGGCACUCAUGCUAGUCCAGAGCUAGCAUUUUUUAGCAUUUUGGUGUGACUGAAGGAGACUUAAGGUGGUUACGGUUCACAUUUAAGUAUGCUGUGCCAAAGAAAUUCACACACAGUUUAUUAUUUAGAUGAGCAGUUGGUUGUUGGCUGUUUUUAGGGUUAGGUCAAAAGAUGAUAGCAAUCUUCGUCCUCUGAAUAAUCUCUCUUAGAUAUAAACAGAUAUAGACAACACACACAAUCUUUGUUUUCAUGUCACCGUGCUUACAUUCCUCCUAUCGAGCGGCUCCACGCGAAGAAGUCGCUUGUUUUUGUAUCAUUUUAGUCUAGGCGUGUUUGUUCUAACUUAAAAUAUAUGAUCAGCUUGUGUAAAUGUCUGCGAUUUAACUUAACAAUGAGCAAAAAAUCUAAUGUAAAGAUCUUAAUAUUAUGAUGUUGUUGAAAUGUGUACAUUAGUGGACUUAAGGUAUUUUAUGUGUUUUUUGUGCUUUUUUUAAUAUGAAUGUUGUUAUUAAAGGUUAAACUAUU